CUGGCUCCCAAAGUCAUCAGCGCCGGCAGAGAGGCUCCGCCGCGGAUGACUGGAGAAGUCCUGCUACAACAACAAUGGCUGUCACCGCGUUGGCCGCCCGGGUGCGGCUGGGCGUGUGGGGCGUUAGGGCCAUACAAGCCCGAGGCUUCAGCUCCGAACGGUCAGACUCCGGCGCGGGCUCGAUCCGGGAGGCAGGUGGGGCCUUCGGAAAGAGAGAGCAAGCUGAAGAGGAACGAUACUUCCGAGCACGCACUAAAGAACAACUGGCAACCUUGAAGAAACACCAUGAAGAGGAAAUCACCCAUCAUAUAAAGGAAAUUGAACGUCUGCAGAAAGAAAUUGAGCGGCACAAGAAGAAGAUCAAACAUCUAAAACAUGAUGAUGAUGAUUAAACAUACACACUUCCCAUAGCAUAGCUACAUAUCAUUGCCCGCUGCUAUGGAAGCAGAGUUGUGGUUUUAUUAAUAUCUGUGUACUGCCAACAGAUUAUAAUAAAUUGUCAUCAGUGAA